AUGACGCUCAGACACCCUUAUAGUGCCACACCUGCCCUCCUCUUCCAACAGAAACUGAACUCAAACCGACUGUCCGGUGAUCUCAUGGCCCGACACUGCAGUUUUACAGAUAUGCAACCUCCCGCCGAUUUAUUUGCCAAAAUAGGCUGUCCAGUAUGCCCGGGGAGGUAUAUGUAUGAGUGUACAGAAGGUUUGAAAUGCUUGGUACAAUACUAUAGCGCAACUUCCUAUCAUCCCGGGGGUAGUUGUCGUAUGGGCUCAAUAGACAGACCCGAUGUUGUGGUCGACCCACAGUUGAGGGUUAAAAAUGUGAAAAACCUUAGGGUUUGUGAUUCAUCGAUAUUCCCAACGAUUCCCAACUCCAACACCGCGGCCCCCACUAUAACUGUGGGCUAUAAAUGCGCCCAAUUUAUCAAACAGAUAAUCCAGAUCAAUAUGAUAAAUAGUUUGUGA